CUACUGGGGCCAAGGUAUGGUGAUGCCAAAAGACUGGAGACAAAAUAUGACACAGAUCAGGGUUUCGGAAGACUUUGGGUCGGGGGGUCAGCGGUUCAGAUGACACCAGGUAGAAGUUUGGAACAAAGCUAGUCUGACAGGUAUGGCUUUAGACCAAACGUUGAGAUCCAAGGGGUAUAAUGGGAAGUCAAAAGUAACUAGGAUAAUUUGGAGUAAGGGAUGUCACCGGAUUACACUAGCAGGAGACGCUGGCAGAGGACACAAGAAGAAACUAGCAAAUAGCACUAGCAGAAGAAACUACCAAAUAGCACUUGAAUGCUCUGGGAUGAUGCUUUUCUGAUGUAUAUCCGUGCUUGAACGCAAUCUCUAUAGGACGUAGAAGUAAU